AUGGACAUUCAAAACAAUACAUCAUCUGAACCAGUUCAGGGUGAAGACGAAAAACCGCUGGAAAGCUCAUCAAAGCAAAUGGACAUUGAUGAAUUGCGAAGGCAGUUGCAGUUAUCUCAAAAACGUGAAAAUUUAGCAAAUCUGAGAUUGACGGUCAAAGAAAAGCAACUACGUGACUUGAUGGAUGAAAAUGAAUCGAUGAAGCGAAAUGCGAGUGACGCGAAUAAAGCAGAUUGUACAUUGGUUGAUCAAGCAGUUGGAGUGAUGUUCUCUGCAAUGCGCGAUGAAAUUCGUAAGGCCCGUAAGGAUGCUAAAUUGGCAACACUUGAAUUAAGAGCUCUCAAAAAUGGACCAGAAAGCAGUGAUACGAAAGCAUUAGCAACACUGUGUAAAAAGCUAGAGAAAGAGAAUGCCGAACUUAAAAAUGAAGGGACUAGAACAACUCGUUUAGAAACUAUGUUGAGCUAUUGUCGAAAAACUGUUGAAGGUUUGAGAAAGCGUUGUCGAGAUUAUGGAGACAUCUUGGCGGAACGUGAUGAAGAAAUAAAACGUUUGCAAGCAGAAUUAGCUCGUGCACAUGAAGAAAAUACGCAGUUGCAGAAAAAUGUGGUUAACAUCCGAGCACUACAAGCACAAGGGGAUAACGAAAUUUCCGGACAAUACGGUGUUAUGGGCGGCAUCGAUCAUCAUGGUAGUGUUAGCGUUGUUACUAAUGAAAACGUUGAAGAGGUUGUAUCAGUAUCCAGUCAAGAAUCAGCACAUGAAGAUAUGGAAUUUGAUGACCAAGUUGAUCGAGUGUUGACACCUGGAGCUAGUGCUGUCGAAGCAAUCAACGUUUCCAGUCCUGAGUCAAUUCAUGGAGUACCCGAACCAGAAACCAUAUCCAGCGAUGAGCAAGAUGUUGCUGAUGUGUCAUCUAGCAAAGAUUCAUCCAUUAUGGAGGGCUGUUCUUAG